AUGCAAACUGCACUAGGGAAUCAAACUAAUCGAUUGAUGCUUCAGAAACGACAUUUCGAAAAUGAUAAUACACUCAAUUGUAAGUAAUUUAAUUGAAUUUCUAGAAAAUACAAUUUACUAAAGGUAAAACAAACGUGUACAGUCGCCCAACUUUGAUUUGCAAAGCUCCGCGGUACGAAUUACCCGUGAAUAAGUGAGUUUUUUCUUUGAUUAUCAAUAAUUUCUAGUUUUUUUUCAGUUCAAACACUUCACCCGUACCUGAAUCAAAACCAAAAUUCUGGAGAAAAUCAUCUCAUCAACCAAUCGCGCCAUUCACAAAAUAUGAAGUUCCCGAAUUAGUUCUUUUGGAAAUAUUUUCAUAUUUGAACAAGCACGAUUUGUGCAAUGCAAUGAGAACUUGUAUGCGAUUUUAUCAUAUUGGGUGAGUUUUACAUAUAAAACAUUGCUAAAGAACGUCUGAAUUUAAGGAAUAUUUCUACUAAUUGGAAGACAUUGGAUAUGUCAGAUAAACAAAUAACCGAUGAAUCAUUAAUUGCAAUUUCGAGAAGACAUGUACAUGUGAUGAAACUUUCUGGUUCAAAGGUUAGAAUUAACACAUUUUCGAAAUAUCUACUCAUUAAAACCUAUUUUGCAGUUGGUUCAAACAACAUCUACUUCAAUAAAUACAUUCUCAACACUACAAUAUCCAUCUUCUCGUCUUCAAUAUUUAGAUCUUUCUCGCGCUGAAAUCGAUGAAAAAACUCUUUUAAGGAUGUUCCAACCAUGCACACAACUAAUUUGUAUUUCUCUCGAAGGUUUGACUAUCAAUGAUGACAUCUGCCAUUAUAUUGGAAAAAACAAUCGAUUAACACAUAUUGAUUUUUCAAUGACAAAAGGGAUCACAAAACUUGGAAUACUUCGUAUAACAAGUUACUGUAGAGCUAUACAAGAACUCAAUUUAUCAUGGUGUGGAUUGACAGAGGAUUGUUGUGAGCUUCUCGCACAAACCUUGACAUUUUCAUGUAUGAAAUUGAAUUUGAGUGGAACAUCGAGGGAAAAUGGAUUAGCCGAUAAACGUGAGAUUCAAAAAAAAUUAUGCAAUAACUUAUUUACAUAUUUCAGAUAUCGAUUGGUUGACAAAUCAUUGUCAUAGUUUGAGAGAUUUGGAUGUCUCCGACAAUGUUGAUUUGACAAAACAAUCUGUUUUGAAAUUGGCAACUUUGACAUCUUUGAGAAAGCUUUCAUGUAAUAGAUGCUAUGGUAUCGAUCCCAAUAUUUUCUUGUUAGUUUUUCUAAUUAUCAGCAUUUAUGACUAUAAUUGAAUAUUCCAGGGUGUUAAACAAUACUAAUUUACAAUGUUUGAAUGUUCAUGGUUGUAUUGCUGAAUCGACUGUGGAUUAUUUCAAAAAUGCAUGUAAACAAUUGAUUGUGAAUCGUGAUAUUUUCAACUACACUGCCAAACCAUCAGAUUCAUCUUCUGCCAAUUCGUCAUUUAUUUGGGGGAAACAAUUGUAUGAGUAA